AUGAGCACGGCAUACAUAAAAGCGCCAAAGAAAUUUAUUUCGAAAAGCUUGGUCAUGAAGAACUUGAAGCUGCAGGACAAGGAGUUUGACAGGCUUGUGACUCUAUGCGGAGUUCACCCGUAUAUACCAAAGGAUACGCGGAAGGUGGAUGCAGAAAACGGGUUUUACUACAGAGUGUGCGAUGCAAACAAGCUGAUACACUCGCAUGUCUACAAAACCAUGCUGAAGAACAAGUCAAUAGAAAGCACUAGAAAAAGAUAUGAGGGAACUGGGGUUGAGUACAAGAUAGCAAGUCUACGCUAUAGUGAGUACAACUAUGUUGAUCUUGUUAAAGACAAGUACAAAACAUUUGCAGAGUCUGUGGAUGGGUUGAAUGUGACGAUGAGCAGCCUGUAUCUGGGAAGAAUGCUUGGAUUGCACAAUGAUGCGGACAGUGUUAUAAAGAAUUUUGAGGAUUUUGUGGUGGCCAAAAGGCUGCUUGAAUGUUCUUUUAUGUCCAGGAGCGGGAUUUACAACCAGAUGGCAAUAGGAAAGAUCAGGGUCACGUGGUUUGUUCCAUAUCCAGGCGCAAGUCUUCAAGAGAUCAUUGAGGAGAAAAAAGACAUUCCUCGGGGGUUUAAAUGGAAAGAGUUGAACUUUCUGGACUUUGUAUCGUCUUCGGAUGAUGAGUCUUCUAGUAGCGAGUCUGAAAUGGAGGAAAUUGCUAAUGACGAGAGCAAGAUUGAUAUUUCUCUGCUAUCGUACUCUUUGCCUUUAUUGGCUAUGCAUUGCAGGCUAGUUCUGCAUAAGCUCGAGAAGUUGUAUGAGCCAUGUGUGGAUUCCUCGGAAGGAGCUUUUGCUGAUAAGGCAAUAUUUGGCGGAAUGAUGUUCUGGAUUGAUACGGUUGCUGUUGGAGAAUGCCUGAAGUUGAUAGUUAUGUGCCUUGGCGGAAAAGUUGUUGGUAAAGACGAAAAAGCAGAUGUGUGUGUAUGUGAAAGUGCUGAUGAGGUGAAUGAAGGUGUUAUAUAUGUGCAACCUCAGUACGUAUUUGAUUGCCUGAACUGCAAAGAGAGGCUUGACCAUAUAGCAUACUGUGUUGGCAAAGUGCUGCCAAAGCAUGUGUCGCCAUUCAAAUCGAUACGGGAUGUUGUUUCGAAGGAGGUUAUGAUGACAAUGUCCAAAACACAAAAGUAUAGAAUGGAAGAUGUCUUGAACAGGUUUGAAGAUGUUGAGUAUGAUAUAUGA